GGACACCACAGCGCCUCUACUGGACAGGAGGCAGUAUCGUACCUGUACACAGGGCUAGUCUGUGGAUAGCUAUGUAAAGCUAACGCAUUAGACACCGGGGCUGGCAAAAAAAGUAAAGACAAACUCAGAUGUACGAAACGUGUCAAUUCAAGAGGAAGGGGGCAGCUCGGUCAUUGGAUGGAUGUAUGUUUACACUACAAAGGUGACCAAGAUAAAUCGAAUGAAUUGGUGUCUAUAUCUGAGAAGGCCUUAGAGGACUUUCCUCGUCGUGUCUUACCAAUAUUUACACCCUGGUUUCCUUCUGGCACUGACGUAUCCUGUGCAAUCAAACCCAAAAAGGCUCCUCCAGUGAUUUCAUUUCAUCAACAGAAAAGUGAUGAAUGUUUCCCUCAACAACCAGAGUUUGUUUUUUCUUCAAGUCGCUGUACUUAUGAUCAUGAGAAAUUUGUGGAUACCGGUAAGAGGAAGUUAAUAUCAAGCCCAACAUCUGCUGAUGAACAUACCAGGGCAGAUUUUGAGGAUGUGGCAAAGAAACGUAAACGCUCAUGGAGCGUCUUGCCACCAAAAACCAAAACACCUCAGAGGACACAAGACAUCUCUAGACACCUCCAAAAAACUGUACAGCGAUAUGGACUUGACCUGCACCAGAGAGCAAAAUGGAUUAUUUCGGAGCUUAACUGUGCCCCACAGAGCAUUGAGGAGGUUUGGUCUAAACUCAGCCAUGCUAUUAAUCAUGCUAAGCUCCCAACAUGCAAUGCCAAUUAUCAGAGAAACUUGAUUCAAAUCUGGGUGUACUGUGACAUAUCUUACUGUGAAUACAUUGGGAAUUUCUUGCGGGAAACUUUUCAGCUCUCUGGGGAGCUCACUUUAGCUGUCCAUAAACUAGGAGACAUCUUUAAAUUAUAAGUUGUACAGGGUCAGAAAUCAAUAUCAGUAUAUAUGUAUACAAUGUGAUAAUUUAUAAUAGUUAAAUAAUUUACAUUAUGUUGUACAGAUGAUUGCAUCAGUAAAACUUUAUCUCUCAUCAGUUGAAAUAUGAUGCAAAGAUGUUUUAAGUAGUCAUUUACUUUGUACAGAAAGAGCAUGCAAUGCACAAGCAGUAGUUUGGUAUACUGGAAAUGUUUUGGUGGGGAAAAAGCAAUAACAAACAAGCCAAAAAAGUCAAAUAAGUAACAUUCUGCUUUCAAUAUUUGUUUUUUUUUUUUGCUCUUGAAAGAUGAAGCUAUUUUUUGCUGAAGCUGAUGUAGAAGGUCUUUUGUAGGUUACAGUUAGUGGGUUACUCAGCCACAGUGAAUUAAAUGUUUGAUGGAAUAUACAAAUAUGUUUCCUCAACAUCUAUCUUUAUAGAAUUCUAUGGAUUUCAGUUUAUAAAUGAAUUAUUUUGUUUACUGGGACUUACAGUAACUGUGCUGUCAUUCAUGUUUACAUGCAAUACUCUUGCCAGUCACAAUAACUGCCAGCUGCAUGUUACUUUAACUGGACAGUAGAAUGAAAAGUCAUGGUCUUGAUGCAAACUUGUCUCCUGUGGAAUAUGUGUUUCAUUGUGAUUGAGCAACUUUCUAACCGUGUUUACCACUGAAACUUUUUCUACUUCACUACUACUUCACUGCACUACUUCAACUGGCUCAUUACAGUUGUCCAUUUCUUGGUUGAGCCACCUCAGAUGCUGGGUUGUAUAAGCAUGUCUUGUUAAAGCAUUUUUUAAUCCUUGAUUUUUAAUGCAGUAUCUGUCUGUCUAUGAAAUGUAAAACAUUUUCAUUAAAAAAAGGCUAUCUAGUGA